AUGGCUGUUUCAUCUUCACUUUUCUCUUGCUCAAUGCACAUGGAGGUGCUUGCUCCAAAGAUAUCAAAAUGCCCUAAAGAUUUUGUAAGUUAUUCAAAAUCAACAUGCUAUUCUAUUUCAAGAUUUUUAUGCGUAAACAAUUUGUCAAAAUGUGACCAAAUGAAAAAAACCUGGCAAAGAGAUGGAAUCCGUUGCUUUUCCGAGGGGCAGAAGUUUCAACUUGAUGAUGUAAUUGAAGCGCAGCAGUUUGAUAGAGAUAUUCUAAAUGCCAUUUUUGAAGUUGCGCGAGAUAUGGAGAAUGUCGAGAGGAAUUCUCCGGAAAGCCAGAUUUUAAAGGGGUAUCUUAUGGCUACCUUAUUUUAUGAGCCGUCUACUAGAACUAGACUUUCGUUUGAGUCUGCUAUGAGAAGACUAGGUGGAGAGGUUUUAACAACUGAAAACGCUAGAGAGUUUUCGUCCGCGGCUAAAGGAGAGACACUUGAAGAUACAAUAAGAACAGUUGAAGGUUACUCUGACUUAAUUGUGCUUCGACACUUUGAAAGUGGGGCUGCCAGAAGAGCUGCGGCUAUAGCUGGCAUUCCAAUAGUCAACGCAGGGGAUGGUCCCGGGCAACAUCCGUCUCAGGCACUUUUGGACGUCUAUACCAUUGAAAGAGAGAUUGGAAAGCUUGAUGGUAUAAAAGUCGGGCUUGUGGGAGACCUAGCUAAUGGGAGGACGGUCCGUUCAUUGGCCUACUUGCUUGCAAAGUACAAGAAUGUGAAAAUUUAUUUUGUAUCUCCUGAAGUGGUAAAAAUGAAGGAUGAUAUAAAAGACUAUUUGACAUCAAAAGGAGUGGACUGGGAAGAAAGUUCUGAUCUAGUGGAAGUGGCAUCGGAGUGUGACGUUGUUUAUCAAACUCGUAUUCAGAAAGAACGAUUCGGAGAAAGACUCGACCUUUAUGAAAAAGCUAGAGGCAAGUUUAUUGUGAAUCAGAAUAUUCUCAAUGCAAUGCAGAGACAUGCUGUGAUUAUGCACCCUCUUCCGAGACUUGAUGAAAUUACUGUGGAUGUUGAUGCCGAUUCAAGAGCUGCUUACUUUAGGCAGGCCAAAUAUGGUUUAUAUAUCCGGAUGGCGCUUUUGAAACUAUUGCUCGUUGGGUGGUAA